UAGGUGAAAGAUAAAAAUAGCUGGGACAUGUGUGUGGCCGCGACCAUGCCCCGCUCCACUUGGCUCUGUCAAUCAGAGGUCAAAACAAGAUGGCAGGCUGCGGGAGCUGGCUCUUCUUUCUAACAGUUUGUGCUGCCAGCUUGUUUGGGGCCAAUGCAGAAAUCAAACUUACCAUUCCCGCGGGGAGGUUAUUUACGUACGAGCUGAUGAGAGAAACUUUCCAGAAUGACUUUGAGCCUUUGUCAAAACUCUACGCUGGACGUUUGUACGAUGACCCCAUGAUUUUUAAGUGCAACAGGCAGAAUUUCCCAGAUCUCCCAGAGUGGCUGCGUUUCACCCAACGACACCCCUUUGAUAACGGCUUCUUGUACGGCACACCGAUGACUCCAGGAAAAACCUUUAUUGAGAUCUAUGCGACCAACAAGCGCAGCUACGACACAGCCAGACACCUCCUUGUCAUCAAAGUCGUUCCAGAGAAAACGCUGCCCUAUCAAGCGGAGUUCUUCAUCAAGCUGAGGGAGAUUGAAAAGGUGCUGCCCCCUUCUGUCCAGGAUGAGAUCCAGCAGGAUCUGCAGAAGCUGUGGAGGACGGAGGCCUUGGAGAUUGUGAAUAUUACCAACGCGCUGGACCGCGGGGGCAGAGUCCCCCUGCCCAUCGCUGGACACUUUGAGGGGGUGUACGUCAAGGUGGGGUCGCAAAAGUAUUUCUCGGAGUGUCUUCUGAGGGUGCUGACCUUGGAGCACCAAAAACAGUGCGCGGUCGCCACCAAAGUGAGGGCGCCUGGAGGAUGCAACUUCUGCAGCAUUCCCAGCAACUGCAUCACCUGGUGCAAGACGGAGCUGUUUGACCUGACCAAGCGGGAGCCGGAGCCCCCUGCCCCCACCAUGGGCUCAGGGGUGCUGGAAGCUGGAGGGGACUUCCACCCCCCCGAGUCCCCCCCGAGCAGAGACUUCUUCCCAGACUACAUGGUGACGGUGGUCGUGCCCCUGGUCCUUGCCAUCGUCCUGUGUCUGAUGCUGGCCUACAUCAUGUUCGGCAGGCGGGAGGGAGUUGCAAAGAGAAACGCAAGAACAGACCAGAUCCAGCUGUACCACCACCACACCAUCCACGGGAACACGGACGAGCUGAGGAGCAUGGCUGCCCACCGUGCCGGCCCCCCUCCUCUGUCCACGCUGCCCAUGUUCAACUGCCGAACGGGAGAGAGGGGAUCCCCGCUGCAGUCCGACAGCAUCCCACUCAUCCUGGCCCAGCAGGAUCCCUACUGUGAAACUCUGCCCAGGAAGUGACAAGAACGAUGGAUGAAACCUCUUUGGAGAGUGUUAUCCGUAUAUCUCCUGUCUUUGGAUCUACAUUUGCAGUGGGAUGUUGUAUUUUCUUCUUUUAUUGAUCCAGUGAAAUAAAAUGAUAGUGUGCAGUUUA